AUGGGUUAUAAUAUUAAAAUUAUACUUACCAAAUUGUUGUUGUGCGUUUGUAUAUCGAGAGUGUGGGCUCGGUCAUGGGCAAAUCAUCAUGAUACUACGUCCUCUACGACUCAAACGACACCCACAACCAGUCCUAUACCGAAAAAUUUUCAUAACGAUCCUCUGAUUGUCGAAACUAAAAGCGGACUUAUCAAAGGCUAUGCUAAAACUGUCAUGGGUCGUGAAGUACAUAUUUUUACUGGUAUCCCAUUUGCCAAACCACCUUUAGGACCGCUAAGAUUUAGAAAACCAGUCCCGAUUGACCCUUGGCAUGGAGUUUUAGAGGCAACAGCUAUGCCUAAUAGUUGUUAUCAGGAAAGGUAUGAGUAUUUUCCGGGAUUUGAAGGAGAAGAGAUGUGGAAUCCUAAUACAAACAUAUCAGAAGACUGCCUUUAUUUAAACAUUUGGGUACCACAACAUUUAAGAGUUCGACAUCAUCAAGACAAGCCUCUUACGGAAAGGCCAAAAGUGCCUAUUCUAGUUUGGAUAUACGGAGGAGGCUUUAUGAGUGGAACAGCUACACUUGACCUGUAUAAAGCAGAUAUAAUGGCUUCAUCGAGUGAUGUUAUAGUAGCGUCAAUGCAAUAUAGAGUUGGUGCAUUUGGAUUUUUAUAUUUAAAUAAAUAUUUUUCUCCUGGAAGUGAGGAAGCACCCGGAAAUAUGGGUCUUUGGGAUCAACAAAUGGCUAUUCGCUGGAUAAAAGAUAAUGCUAAAGCAUUUGGAGGCGAUCCGGAGUUAAUAACACUUUUCGGAGAGUCUGCUGGAGGAAGUAGUGUAAGCUUGCAUAUGUUGUCCCCGGAAAUGAAAGGAUUAUUCAAACGAGGAAUCUUGCAAUCUGGAACUUUAAAUGCUCCAUGGAGUUGGAUGACUGGAGAGAGAGCUCAAGAUAUUGGAAAAGUUUUAGUCGAUGAUUGUAAUUGUAACAGCAGUUUAUUAAGUGCGGACCCAAGUUUAGUUAUGGAUUGUAUGCGAGGUGUAGAUGCCAAGACGAUUUCAGUACAGCAAUGGAAUUCUUAUACUGGUAUUUUGGGUUUUCCGUCGGCACCAACUGUGGAUGGAAUAUUUUUACCAAAAGAUCCUGAUACUUUGAUGAAAGAAGGUCACUUCCAUAAUACAGAAGUACUUCUCGGAAGUAAUCAAGACGAAGGGACAUACUUUCUGCUUUACGAUUUUCUCGACUACUUCGAAAAAGAUGGUCCAAGUUUUCUUCAAAGGGAGAAGUUUUUGGACAUAAUAGACACAAUUUUUAAGGAAUUCUCUAAAAUUAAAAGAGAAGCUAUUGUAUUUCAGUACACCGAUUGGGAGGAAAUCACAGACGGCUAUUUGAAUCAGAAGAUGGUUGCAGACGUCGUAGGGGAUUAUUUCUUCGUGUGCCCAACAAAUUAUUUUGCUGAAAUUCUCGCUGAUUCUGGAGUCGACGUUUACUAUUACUACUUCACACACCGAACCAGUACAAGUCCUUGGGGUGAAUGGAUGGGAGUGAUUCAUGGCGAUGAAGUGGAAUAUGUCUUCGGGCAUCCCCUGAACAUAUCUUUACAGUACCAUACUCGUGAACGUGACCUAGCUUCUCACAUUAUGCAAUCAUUCACCAGAUUUGCUUUAACCGGCAAGCCUCACAAACCUGAUGAAAAGUGGCCACUUUACUCUCGGACCGCCCCUCACUAUUACACUUACACAGCUGAUGGCCCCAGUGGCCCGGCCGGCCCGCGUGGUCCCCGAGCCUCCGCCUGCGCCUUCUGGAAUGACUUCCUCAACAAGCUUAAUGAACUGGAGCACGUGCCAUGUGAUGGAGCCGUCACUGGACCAUAUAGCAGCGUCGCUGGCACUACCCUACCCAUCGUACUACUAACCACUCUUGCGAUUUCUGUAGCACUUUAA